AGGUAAAUUUUCCUUGCAUGGAGUGUUUUAUUUAUUUAGCAUGUAGAAUAAGAUCGAGUUUACAUUUCUUCUCCUGACAAUACUAGCAAUCUGAUCAUUGAAAUUCAGGAGGUCGAACAUUGAGACAAUGGACUCAUUGACCCAGAUGGUGAAUAUGUCCUCAGCAUCCAAUGAAGCAGUGAGGUAUCCGGCAUGGAACUGGCGGGAUUGGAAAGGGUUUUUGUCCCGACUGUUUUGUCCUGUACCAGCGAUAAGACAAUAUCAGUACUUCCGCAUGACGACGGAAGAGCCAGGUGUGGUCACAAUGCGCACGAGAGUCGGAUGUCCAGAGGUCAAGGUUACAGUGACUAUGGGUGGCGUCCAUAUUCCAUACCAACAACCGCAGAUUGUAGAGGCCAAAGGACUCAGCCGAAACAGACAGGAGUACUUGUACAAAGUUGUCAGGCCAUAUCUCAGCGAUGCUAACAAGGAUGCUACUUGCCCAUGCCCAGAAACAUCACUAUAGUUAUGUCGUCGCAUCUAUCGCAUCUACGGCGAAAUAUUACACACAUUAUAAUGUCAAUAUUUACAGGCGAAUGACAA